CCGGAGAGCGACGAAAAUCGCGAACUUACUUAGAACCGGUGCCUUGUUAGUCCCCAACCUUUUGAAAUCACAAACGCCAAACCAUUUCCUCCCUGAACUGAACCCCUGCGCGCGAAGAAGCAACGGCGGGCGACCAUGAAGACUUUUCCGGCGGGCGCCCCGAAAUUGGCGACGAAAUUUCGAAUGCCGACGUCGGAGAAUUUGGUUCCCAUUCGUGUUGAUGUUGAAGUAGAGGGACAGCGUUUCAAGGAUACGUUUACAUGGAACCCUACGGACCCAGACUCAGAAGUGGUGGUGUUUGCAAGGCGGACAGUUAAGGAUUUGAAAUUGCCGCCAGCUUUUAUUACACCUAUUGCACAAUCUAUUCAAUCACAGCUAACAGAGUUUCGAUCAUAUGAAGGACAGGAAAUGAGCACAGGUGAAAAGGUCUUGCCACUCAAGCUUGAUCUUCGUGUAAAUAACACAGUCAUACGUGAUCAAUUUCUCUGGGAUAUUAACAAUUUUGAAAGCGAUCCUGAAGAGUUUGCAAGGAUAUUUUGCAAGGAAUUGGACAUCGGAGACCCUGAAGUUGGAGAUGCAUGGUGCAGCCCGCUAUUGCAGUUGCCAUCAGGCAGCAACUUUACGAGGUUGCAACUCAAAGUGUUACUUCUGCAAGAGAGACAAGAGUUGGCAAAAAAGGUCGUCGGGAGAGAGGAAUUGAACAUGUUUCUGCUAGAUGGUUAUUCUGAUGCAUAUGGAUCUCUGCAGUAAGCUAGGGGUUCUGCUUUCGACUUGGUGAAGUUGUUUGGAACUAAGUCUACUGUUACCAGAAAAAGGAAGGAGUGGGAUUUAUAUGAGCCUAUUAUUGAUAUCCUCUCAGCUGAAGAAGUAGAAGCUUUGGAUGCAAAGGAAGAGAGAUAUGCUCGGUUAAAGAAAAGACCUGAUGACUAAUAAUUGCUCUGCCGUUCCUAUUCCAAUUGAUGACUGCCUGCUGAGGAAUUUGUACAACUGAUGGCGAAGAUCCAUAACCCAUCAGCUGAAGCUACUUACAGUUACUCAUUCUUAUGACGUAUGGUUUGCCCAUUCAAGAAAUUUUAUUCUAGUUUGUUCUUUUAUGCAUAUUUUCUCACAUGCAUAGUAAUAGUUUCCAUUUGAGAAUUCAAUAUUACUAUAACUUUCAUGGCAUUUUCUUGUUUAACCA